GAAAUUACUUCUCCUGUAGAAAGCUCCUUUCUCGUCCUCGUCACUACCUCGAAGCGGCUGGCGUCAUGUCGCAGCUAUACUUCCCCCUGGACCCAACCCGGUUCCAAAUUCGGCUGCUUAGGUUCGAGCCUGCGUCCACGUCUUCUUUCAACGAGCAUGAUCCGACCGUAUCUGAGAGUCCCGAGAACUCCCAGAAAGUGUGUCUUCUACGGUGCGCGAUGGACGUCGUAUCACUCGACGAUGGACCAGAGUUCGUGGCUCUCUCGUACGUCUAGGGGGAUCCAACAAAGACGACGCCUAUGAUUAUCAAUAGCGUAGAGGUAAC